ACCCAUCAAUCCACGUCUCUCUCUCUCUCUCUAUUUAAACCCUAUUUUACAACUCUGUCACAAAAACAAAAAUAGUAUAUUCAUUCACUCCUUUUGGGGGAGAGAUCAGAGAGAAAGAGAGAUAGUGGUAACCAGAAGAUAGAUGGAAAAAGAAGGAAGGCAGCUGCAAGAGAUAGAGUUGAAGAAAGGUCCAUGGAAGCCAGCGGAGGACUUGCUUCUCAUACGAUAUGUAGAGACUCAUGGGGAGGGGAAGUGGGCAACUGUAUCCAAGAGAUCAGGUUUGAUGAGAGGAGGGAAGAGCUGUAGGCUGAGAUGGAAGAAUUAUCUGAGACCAAACCUGAAGCAUGGAGAGAUGUCAGAGGAAGAAGAAGACCUUAUCAUCCGUAUGCAUAACCUUCUUGGCAAUCGGUGGUCAUUAAUUGCAGGUCGGCUUCCUGGUCGAACCGACAACGAAGUAAAGAACUACUGGAACACCCAUCUCAUCAAGAAGUACCCACACUACUCCAGCAUUAACAAGAGGUAAGCUCCAGAUCCAAGUCCAGGUCCAGUAGUAACAAGAAGAGGAGCAAAAACUCUCAUUCAACCCAUAGUGCCAAUAGUAGCAGCAACUCAUCAUCCAAUAGAUGUGGUGGUGGAGGUACUAGUGAUGAUGAUAAGCACCAAGAAGCCGUCACAGAAGAUAACAUCAUCAACAGCGGCGAAAAGUACGACUGUUAUGGCCCAGAAUGUCGACGACAGUUGCCGGCUACCAGCAAUGGCGAUGGCGAUAGCAAGGGGGCCGCACUACAGGAGAAUCAUCCUUCGCUGGUGCUGCCCAGGUUGGAGUCCUUGAGUUCCAUUUGGGUGGAGGAGUCAUCUUGGUCGUGGUUGGAAUCUCCUUUCUACUUCCCGGAAGAGAUCAUGUACCCAUCAUCGCUGCUAUCCACCCUAUAAUGUAAAAUCAUUAUUAUAGGACUGUCCAGCUCAAGAAGUUCACAACUUCCACCACCACUUAAGCACUCAUCUCUACUCUACUCUCGUUAUCUGUUGGUUCUCUGUAACAAUCCAUCACUUGAAGAGUACUUUCCAAGAUAUAUUGUUUAAGCUA